AUGAAACGCCACAGGCAUCUAAGCACCAGUGACAGUUCAGACAAUGAGAGUCCUUCCACUUCCUUUUCUUCUUGUUCUAAAUACAGGAGCAAGUCAAAAACACCAGCAAAUGAACAAAAGAAACCUGCUGAGGUGUUCCGCAAGGAUCUCAUUAGUGCCAUGAAACUACCAGAUUCUCACCAUGUCAACCCUGAUGAAUAUUAUAUCUUUGCGGACACGUGGAAACAAGAAUGGGAGAAAGGGGUUCAAGUUCCAGCCAGUCCAGAAACUAUUCCACAGCCUUCUCUCAGGGUUGUAGCAGAAAAGGUGAAAGAAGUACUGUAUACGCGACCCAGAAAAUAUAUCCACUGUUCCAGCCAAGAGCCCACAGAACCAGGUUACAUAAACAUUUUGGAACUGGCAGAAUCUGUGUGUCGCUAUGACUUGGAUGACAUGGACAUCUUUUGGCUUCAAGAGCUAAAUGAAGAGCUUACAGAAAUGGGAUGCGGGCCCCUGGAUGAAAACACAAUGGAAAAGACAAUUGAAGUGCUGGAACGGCACUGUCAUGAGAACAUGAAUCACGCUAUUGAGACUGAAGAAGGAUUGGGUAUUGAAUAUGAUGAAGAUGUCAUCUGUGAUGUGUGCCGGUCCCCUGACAGUGAAGAUGGGAACGACAUGGUGUUUUGUGACAAGUGUAAUAUCUGUGUCCAUCAGGCAUGCUAUGGAAUCUUAAAAGUACCUGAAGGGAGCUGGCUGUGUCGCACCUGUGUCCUGGGAAUACAUCCUCAGUGCCUCCUGUGUCCCAAAAGAGGAGGUGCCAUGAAAGCUACCAGGACAGGGACCAAGUGGGCACAUGUGAGCUGUGCUCUCUGGAUUCCAGAGGUUAGUAUUGCUUGCCCAGAAAGGAUGGAGCCAAUCACAAAGGUGUCUCACAUUCCACCAAGUCGAUGGGCUCUAGUGUGUAGUUUAUGCAAGCUGAAAACUGGUGCUUGCAUUCAGUGCUCUGUGAAAAGCUGUAUCACUGCCUUUCAUGUCACCUGUGCCUUUGAGCAUAGCUUAGAGAUGAAGACUAUCCUGGAUGAUGGGGAUGAGGUCAAGUUCAAAUCGUAUUGUCUAAAGCACAGCAAGAACAAACAGAAUUCGCUGCCUGAUGUUGAUGAGCACCCCAAGAGCGUGUCAGACCAGAAGCAAACCGAGAGCGAGAAAACCAGUUUGCGAGCCCAGAAACUCCGAGAGCUGGAAGAAGAGUUUUACUCACUAGUUAAAGUGGAGGAUGUUGCAGCAGAACUGGGCCUUCCUAAACUUGCUGUAGACUUCAUCUACAAUUACUGGAAAUUAAAGCGAAAAAGUAACUUUAACAAACCAUUGUUUCCUCCCAAGGAGGAUGAAGAAAAUGGCUUGGUGCAGCCAAAAGAAGAUAGCAUUCAUACUCGCAUGAGGAUGUUCAUGCAUUUGAGGCAGGACCUAGAGAGGGUAAGAAAUCUCUGCUACAUGGUAAGCAGGAGAGAGAAACUGAAGCUGUCUCACAGUAAAGUACAUGAACAGGUCUUCAAUUUGCAAGUCCAGCUCAUUAAUCAGGAAAUCGCUGCAGGCCAUACCCUGACAAGUGCACUAGAGAACACACUGUUCUACCCACCUCCCAGGAUCACCCUGAAGUUAAAAAUGCCCAAAUCAGCACUAGGAGAUUGUAAAAAUAACUCGCUGAAGCCUGGCAACAGACCGCUUUCUCCUGACAACAACAGCACUGUUUACAGCAAACGGAGCAUGCCGAUGUCAAAGGAAUCGUUUGAAAUUAAAGCAAAAUCUUACUCCAGGUAUCAGCACGACAGCAGAAGUAACGGGUUGCUGGCAGGGAUUGGCAAGCCUCGGAGCGAGGCGAAGGAUUCUGGCCCCAUGCAGAUGCCGGAGUUUCACCGGGGCCAGCCGUCCGGGAAGCCCUUAGCGCUCCAGGCUGCUUUGCACGGACAGUCUUCCAUUGGGAAUGGGCGGGUGCAGCAGGAGAACUCGAGGCUGGCGGCCAAGUCCAACGGUCUGAUGGGCAGGGCUGGAGACGUGAGCCAGAGAGACAGCUCCAGCCAGACGCCCUACGACCAAGAGUCCGUGCUCACGGCUCACUUGGCCAGCCAGAGCGGUUUCAGAAAAUCCACCAUAGAACAUUUUAGCCGGUCCUUUAAAGAGGCUACCAACAGUCUCGUGAGGACAACAGAAGAUCUCCGGUGUUGUGAAAAGCCAACAAGAAGACUUGCAACAAAAGAUCGCUUGUGGAGCAAGCAGACACUUGAAGGUGCUCCGUACCAAGACAACGACGGGUACUGUCCUGACUUAGAGCUGAGUGACUCUGAAGCAGAAAGUGAUGAAAACAAAGAGCAAGUCAGGUUAAGACGAAGUAGCUCAGAGAGAGAAAGCCCAAGUAAGGACUUUGGAAGAGAUUGUCACAAUAGAAACAAAAAGAAUAUGGUUUCUCACAGUUCGGUACAAAGGUGA